UUGCCGCGCAUUAGCCAAUGGCGCUAGUUUUCAGGGAUGUCAGGCUUUCGUGCUCAAACUCUCAAAUUAAUAAUAAUAAUAAUUUUAAUGCAAGCAUCCGUUUAUAGUAGUCAGUUUAUUUUAUAUUAAUAAAACAAUUUUUAUAAAAAGAAAUUUUAAAGUUAUACUGGAUCUAUUGUUAUAGUUGAACCAGUUAUUUUACAAAACAUAAGUAGUUUUUUAGAGAAGUCCUAUUACAAGGAUAAGCAUUUUUUCUGCCCUCUGACAACCCUGCAGGACGCUUCUCCUCGCCCCGAUUGGCAACCCUGUGGGCCGGGCAUUUCGAGCGGUAUUUGCGAAUAGUACAAUUAUCCGCGACUUAAUACGAAAAUGCCGCGUGUAGUUAAGCCCAAAGCCGCUGCUCCGGCUAAAAAGGCCGUUCCGGCAAAGAAGGCCAAGAGCAAGCUGUACGCAAUGCCGGAAAAGGUGAAGGAAGGUACCGUCUUUACAGAUUUGGCGAAGGGCCAGUGGCGCAUUGGACCUUCGAUUGGAGUUGGAGGAUUUGGCGAGAUAUACGCCGCCUGCAAAGUAGGGGACAAAACCUUCGAUGCGGUGAUAAAAUGCGAGCCCCAUGGUAAUGGCCCGCUUUUCGUCGAGAUGCACUUCUAUUUACGCAACGCCAAGUUGGACGACAUCAAACAGUUUAAGCAGAAGCACGGCAUAAAAUCUCUGGGCAUGCCGUACAUACUAGCCAAUGGCUCGGCGGAGGUCAAUGGCGAAAAACACAGAUUUAUAGUAAUGCCGCGCUAUGGCAGCGAUAUAUCCAAGUUUCUAGAGGAAAACGGCAAGCGUCUGCCCGAGGGAACUGUCUACCGACUGGCCAUCCAGAUGCUGGACGUCUAUCAGUAUAUGCACGGCACUGGCUAUGUUCAUGCCGAUCUUAAGGCAGCCAACAUCCUGCUGGGCCUAGGAAAGGGCGGAGGAGCACAAGCCUACCUCGUAGAUUUUGGAUUGGCCUCACACUUUGUCACAGGGGACUUUAAGCCGGACCCCAAGAAAAUGCAUAAUGGCACCAUUGAAUAUACAUCGAGGGAUGCUCAUUUGGGUGUACCAACCCGACGGGCUGAUCUAGAGAUUCUUGGCUAUAAUCUUGUUGAGUGGCUAGGCGUCGAGUUACCCUGGGUAACAAAGAAACUACUAAAUACUCCCAUUAAAGUUCAAAAGGCGAAGGAAGAAUUUAUGGAGGACAUUGGAGAGAGUCUUAAGGCUCUGUUCCCCAAGGGAGUGCCCGCCUGUAUAUGGGAUUUCAUGAAAUAUGUUACAAAAUUACAGCACAACCAGGAGCCGGACUACGAUAAAUGUCGAAAUUUCUUUGCAAGUGAACUCAAGCAGUUAAAAAUCCCAAAUAGUGGAGAUUUAGAUUUCAAGUUAAAGCCACAGACCAGCAGCAACAAUAACAACAGCCCACCCGGCACAAGCAAGGCAGCCGCAGUAAAAAAGGUGAAGAAGAUUGAAUCUCGUGCAGACUCAUCUACAGAGGAGGUAAUUGAAGCCAGUGAAGACGAGGAGGAGGAAAAGAAACCGCCUCGAAAGAAUACAGCUAGGAAGGUUUCCCCGGCAACCCGCAACGUCAUAUGUUCGCCCUUGAAGCGAUCUGCCCAAUCCGUAGCAACAGAAAGUACACCUCCCAGCCAGAAGCGCGUCAAGACUGAGCCCAAGUCCACUCCCGUGCCAAGGGGUACGCCCAAAACCAGUCCUAAGUUAAAAGGCACUCCCAAAGUCAGCCCUAGGGUUAGAGGCACACCCAAAGCCAGCCCUAGGGUUAGAGGCACACCCAAAGCUAGCCCUAAGCUACAUACCCCCAGUUCAGCGAGGCUUAAGACUCCCGGUGCCAGUGCCAAAGUAAAUUUUAGUCCGGGAAUUUCGUUGCGUGGUCGAACUGGUGGCAAAACUGUGGUCAACGACAGUCUAACCCCACAGCCCCGUUCCAAUAAGACCUACGAGUUUAACUUCGAGCUAGACGUUAGCAUGGAUGCCAACGUGAUUGUAAAUGUUAAGCGCAAGAAGAAGGCGGAUAAAGAUAAGGCGGCGAAGGUUGAGUCAAGAACACCAUCUUCACGCAGUUUGGCCGCCAGUUUGAAGGAGGAAAGUUCUCCCGCUACUCGGGUGAACUUGCGCAAGGUGAAUGGUCUGGAAAACGAAGCUGAUACCCCAUCUUCUAACUGUAGUCCGCGGACACCUUCUGUUACUGUGCGGAAAUUCAAGCGAUAGGUCCAUAGUCCUUGUUUUCUGUAUUUUUACAUGUAUACCUCUUAAAUAAAAAAGCUCAUUAUGUUUCAAAGUGUAAA